CUUCUCCUCUCCGGUCUCCUUCCAACGCUAUCAGAUCUUGGAGCAGCUUCGGUUCUCUCCCUCACUCCCCCGGUUCGCCCUUCCGGAUCUUGCGGCCCGCGUCUCCACUGCCUCGUACGGUUGCAAGGAAAAUCCAGAGCUUCUGUUUCUGUUGAUUCAGCACUUCAGUUGACCACUGAGCAAAGCACGCUCAGCAUUUGAAGCCAUUGGUGGGUUUUGAGUAACUUUAUCUAUGUACUAGGCUGAUGUUGCAGCAUCGAUGAAUUAGGUUGCUACCGAUGGAGACAAUACCCUGAUGAGGUUCUCUAGAUGAAGUUAACACAGGAGUGGCUGCCAGGCACUGGGGACCUGAAAAUCAUGCCGGUGGUUCGCAAUAGAAACUCAUCAAGAAGGCCUCUAUGGAUUAUUGUCCUGGUAGCUUUGGUGUGUGUGGCGCUGAUCAGGGCUUACGUUUAUCCACCUCAGCAAUAUUCUGCUUGCUAUUUCUUAUCUUCUAAUGUUUGCGGCCCUCUUAAGGAUUGGCUUCCUCCUGUACCAGCCAGAGUCUACAGUGAUGAUGAGAUUGCUGCUCGUGUUGUCAUUAGAGACAUUCUUUCAAUGCCAUCUGUUCCAUUGAAGAAUCCCAAAAUUGCUUUUAUGUUCCUGACUCUGGGUUCGUUGCCUUUUGAAAAGCUUUGGGAGAAAUUCUUCCUGGGUCAUGAAGACAGAUUUUCUAUUUAUGUGCAUGCAUCAAAAGAAAAACCAGUUCAUGUGAGUGCUUUAUUUAUUGGCAAGGACAUUCGCAGUGAUAAGGUGGCCUGGGGGAAAAUUUCCAUGGUUGAUGCAGAGAAGAGAUUGUUGGCAAGUGCACUUCAAGAUGCUGAUAAUCAGCAUUUUGUGUUGCUUUCUGAAAGCUGUAUACCAUUACAUAAUUUUGAUUAUGUAUAUAGUUAUCUGAUGGAAACAAAUAUCAGCUUUGUUGACUGUUUUGAGGAUCCUGGCCCACAUGGAACAGGCAGAUAUUCUGAGCAUAUGUUGCCUGAGAUGGAAAAGAAAGACUGGAGGAAAGGUGCACAGUGGUUUUCAAUCAAGCGGCAACAUGCUGUGCUGAUUCUGGCUGACAAUCUUUACUACACAAAAUUCAAGCUUUAUUGUAAGCCAGGAAUGGAAGGACGGAAUUGCUAUGCUGAUGAACAUUACUUGCCAACUUUUUUCCAUAUGAUUGAUCCUACUGGAAUUGCAAAUUGGUCUGUGACUCAUGUUGAUUGGUCUGAAGGAAAGUGGCAUCCAAAAUCAUACAAAUCUCGGGAUGUUACUUUCGAGCUCUUGAAGAAUAUAACAUCUAUUGAUGAGAGCGUACAUGUUACAAGUGAUGCAAAGUUUUUAACAUGCUCUUAUCAAUGGAACUCAGCAAAUAUAAUGGAUAGACUGAUCCAUUAAAGUAUAUUUGGUGCGACUGGCUUUGAUUCUGUCAACUUACAGAAUAGAUGAUAUAAAUUUUUUUCCUUAAGAUUUUUGUUCAUAUAAUUUGAUAAAUACUGUCUUGUUUUUGGUUGACAUGCUUCUCUUCUAUCUCUUUAUAUUAUAGAGAUUCAAGAGGUAGUGCUCUAAUAAAGAGAAGACCCCAACUGAGGAGCUGAUUUUCCUUGUGUCAUGUGCAAAUGUUAAGCUACACUGGGUAUUUUGAUGUAUUAGAAGUAGACAACUUAGACGAGUUGCUCAUAUUUCCAUUGGCUAGACUGCUGAAAUUCUCACCAUGUUAUUUGUGUUCUUAUCAUGAUGAUAUCCAUUUUAUGAAUAUGUCAAUUUUUGCCUCUAACAUUGUAUGCUGUCAGGAAAAGCUAUAGUUUAAUACGAGGCAACAUCACAUUUUAUAAUAUAUUUUGAAAUAUAGAUCCUCUCUGAGGUUCCCCGCAACUUUGUUGUAGCAUAACAAAACUUGCACUCUAGAAUAUAUGGUCUCCCUUGUACUGGGGACCAUAAACUAAGGUCCAGCAUCCAUUUGUUUUGAGGAACAUGCGGAGUGCCAAGAAAGAUGGAUAUCUAUCUCUAAGACCUGCUUUUAGAGAGUGAAAACCAAGGUUAAAAGAAUAACCAAAAACUGAGGACAUAACUUCAAAUCCCCAUUAAAUGGUCACCUGGUUACAAAAUCAUGGACAUGGAAAUGUUAUAGUUGUGAUAGAUGAACCUCCAAAAUAGUAAGCUUCAAAACAUAGAAAGAGGGCUUUUUGUGAAGUCUACAAUCUUGCACAUACAUGUACCUGCAAUUAUUUUUAAAUCAAGAUUUUCUCACGGAGGAUCUAGAAUAGUGAAGGUGAAAUCAAAAUUCUCUCUUAGGAAUCCCUGUUAUGAAAGAAGGGAUCAUGGCAUCUGAAAGUGAUGCUUCCUGGUCGCAUGACAAAGAGCUGAGGUGGUUGAGUUCUUUCUAAUUGGUUUAACAUUCAAAUUUGGUUUGAAGGACAUGAAUUAAUUUGUAAAUAGCUGGACUAAAUGUGCAAGGGUUACACUUGUGCAAUCUACACCUACAUCCUGAAUUACAAAGAUAGCUAGCUUUUGCAUAUCUACAUACAAAUAUACAUACAUAUAUAGCUGUAUACAUAUAUAUGCAUAAGCAUACAUAUGUCCAUAUAUAUAAUACAUUACAUACAUACAUACAUACAUACAUAUAUACAUAUAUACAUAUAUAUAUAUAUACAUAUAUAUAUAUAUAUAAUACAUACAUACCUACAUACAUGUGUGUGUAUGCAUGCAUGUGCGUGUGUGAGUGGGAGAGCAUGGGUCUGUAUGGGCAUGCACACAUGUGAGUCUUCAAAAGCUGAAGCAAAGAAAGACUCGCUAACUAGUAGCAUCAUGAUUUACCAGUCCGUGAAGGAUACAUGAACAAUAUUUUCAUGUGAAACCCUGCCGGUUGAACUUCAAAAUAUGCUUAUGUAGAAUCCCAUGAAAAAAGAAUGUUGUGUUAUUAGGAUAAUAUCACUUUCAAGCCUGACUGACUAUGCCUUUGUAGACAGUCUUAGUAACCAAUUUAUUUGCUAUGCAUUCUAUCUCAAUUUUUCUAUUCAUAUAAAAAUCUGCACCGAAAAUGUUAUGAGAGGAAAAGGUUGAUAGUUCAUAAGCUGGUAAGAGAAAUUUUAUGCUCUGUAGUUGACUGAAAUACAAAAUUGUUUUCCUCCACAAGACUUGUCUUUAUAGUGAUUUGCAAGGAUGAACAUUUAGCAUAUUUUCAAGCAUUCAGUUGGAUGUAUAUUCGGAGCUAUUCCAAUAUAUAUAGUCGUCUAUUUUUUUUCUUGUUCAGUACAUACUCCACUGAUUCUCUUUUUCCACUUGGAGGGGAUACUCAUUUUUUCCUGCAUUUUCUCCUAAUAUGCACUGAUAGAAGAUGAAUUGUACAAUCACCGUCUCAUUCUUUCUGGCAGAAGGAAGUGCAGAAGAGACCUUGCCUAUGGAAUGGAUCAAAGAGGCCAUGUUAUUUAUUUGCCAGAAAAUUUGUCCCUGAAACGCUUGAUAAUUUGAUGAAUUUAUUAUCCAAUUUUACAGCUCUAUUUGAGUGAGCAGCAUACUUGUGAUUCUUUGGUCGAGCAUUCAACCUCUGCCCCUCACCCUUCAGUUCCUAAUUUAGUAUAUAAAUUGUGUACGCAUGAGACUGCUCGUGGAUCUGUAAUGCCAAUCAGGUUCAUAGAACAGGAGGAGAGACUGUCGGAGGCAUGAGGAAUGGCUUUCAGUUCAGUGAGUGUUUGAGUAGGGCUGAGGUGGCUGCCAACUCAAUGCCUCUCUGCCCUCUCAAGUUAAUUUGUCUCUAUAAUUUUCUGUUUUCUUUUUCAAUCAAUAGCUUUCUUCUGUUAUCUGUUUUAUGUAGGGUUUUUUUUCAUUUUUAUUCGGUGGUUCUGCUCUUGGAACAGCAAAUUUUGUUAGCCUAUUUAACUGCUGUAAGGCGAUCCAUUUUCACAGAGAUGGAAAACAAAAGAUCACAAAUUACUUCCCUUUUGUAUUUAUUAUAUUCAGACAGGGCUAUAGUUAAUGAAAAGUCAAGUGUUUUCAUUA